UAAUAGCCAAUUGCAUGUCGCCGAUUCGCGCAUGCGCAAUACGUUAUAUAUAUAUUUAUUAUGUAGCUCACAUAUGCAAGGGAGAGCAUUGCAUUUUCUGCGCCUCGUAUAUUUAACUUUGUGGAAGGGGAAGCAAUCAAACGAAGGGGAAGUUGCACCCACCACCUGCAGUAAAGCAGCGCGCGCGGUUAGAAACGGUUGAAUGUUUGCGCACGGCUUAAUGUUGUUUUACUUUUUUCAUCGGUCGAAUGGAGAAACAAUAAACUAUUCUAAAAAGGAAGACUUUACAAAAAAUCUCAUCGAAAUAGAAAUUAUUUAGAUACAUUGAAUCGCGAGCGCGACUAUAUUCGCCGAUAAAAUAGAAUGCGAUAACGGACCGAUAAAUAACGAUUAAAGACGAUUGUUCUCUUGCGUUACGUCGGACGAAUGACGUCACAAAAAGGAUGACCGCGUGGGUGUCUCGCGAAUCACCUCGAUUCUCUGACGGGGUUGAAUUUUCAAAUACAAUUGAUCCGUAGCAAAUGCGCGUAACAAGAGAUUUGGAAGGAAAUAAAGAACAAAAGAGGACAAAUUCUUCGAUUGGUUGGUGUCAAAGAGAAAGAAGGAAAGUAAGACAGAGAGAGAGAGAGAGAGAGUAGUGAGAGGGAGAGAGGAAAAGCCGAAUAGUAAUAGUAGUAACAUGAAGUACUAUAUUUCAUCCACGAAUCGAUAAUUCGAAUAGGCAGAACGAGCUGCGAUAUUAAGGUCCGUCGUCCAAUUCCUAAAAAUAUCGAACAUUACGACGGGUAAGAUUCGAUAGCCUUAUUCACCAUCCCUUUUCCCUUCUCUUUGCUCUUCUGUUGCCUUCUCCCUCUCCCUCUCCUUCUCCCUCUUCUAAUCCUCCUCUUCCUCCUCCACCUCCGCCUCCUACGAGAAUUCUCUGUCGUAUCCACUCGAGAGUGACACGGUAGAGUUCGUUCGAGGAGGAACCCACCCCUAAUUCUCGUUUCCUAACCGGCCUCCUCUCUCUCUCUUGCCCUCGCCCUCGCCCUCACGCGGGCCGGCCGUGUGCGAGCUAACGGUGUGCAAUCGUCUCGCGAUACCACCGAAUAUCGCGAUAUCGACAAGGACGACGAGGAUUGAGAGGAGGAGGACGAUAACUACGACAUUCUCUAACAUAGACGAUUGACAACAUGUGUGACGUUGCAAACGAAAAUGAGAAAAUGAGGUAUCGGCACAGUCGUGCCUCAAUACAUCGAAGAAAAUGGCCCUUGCGAUUGGCAUUUUUUCUUGUCUAUGUUCUCGUGCAAUUUGUGGCCUCCUCGAAGUUACCAAUCACAUACUCACCCUCGUAUCCGUCCUCAACGGAGUACGAAGAAAGUUCGACGUUGGAAUCGACCGUACCCUCUUACUAUCCAACAUCGACCGAAUUCGAAUUAACGUCCUCGAUAAUGCAAACUUCGAUACCAGCGUCAAUUUCCGGUGAACAUCCAUCGAAAAAUACGAAGGAAUUGAAGAAUCCUACAAAGGAGAGAAAUAAGAGCGAGAAGAAUAAUGAAAAAACGAAUGCAAAAUCGAGGAUUCGUGAACAAACAAAGGAAGAAUCUAAAGAAAAAGAAACAGAAAAACCAGCGAAGGCGCCCGUUGCAGCAGCAGGUGUAGCAGCGGGUGCAGCUACAGCUGCAACCAAAACAAUUCCUAUCACUACCGCUACUAUUCCCACGAUACGAACAACGACUGCUGAAUACGUUCAUCCUACAUGGAGACCAAGAAGAGAAAACUGUUCACCACCUGCUAUCGAACAGUUCCCACGUCCUUUGAUGGGCCCUGAAGCAAGAAAACAUGGCGGACUUAUCAUACACGUUCUUGUUGCCGUCUACACGUUUCUUGGCUUGGCAAUCGUCUGUGAUGAUUAUUUCGUUUCUAGCCUUGACAGAAUUUGCGAAGAGUUAAGGUUAUCGCCAGAUGUAGCAGGAGCAACUUUUAUGGCUGCUGGAUCUUCAGCACCAGAAUUGGCCACGGUCGUCAUUGGCGUUUUCUUCGCCAAGGAUGACAUUGGAGUUAGUGGAGUCAUCGGUAGCGCUGUUUUCAAUAUAAUGUUCGUUAUAUCCGUAUGCGGUCUCUGUACAACAACUGUUUCCAAAUUGAACUGGUGGCCUCUUGUACGGGAUUGUUUCUUCUAUGCUGUCUCUAUUCUAGUGAUGCUCGGUACGAUCUACAAUGAAACCAUAUCUUGGAUGGAGUCACUCUUCAUGUUGGUCAUGUAUGCGGUAUAUUGCGUAGCUCUCUCGUUUAACGAGAGACUUGAGCAAUGGGCGAAGUCGUACAAUAUUCCGUUUUUACCCAAGGACGACGAGCCAGCUGAAGAAAGUGCUUUGGUUAGUUAUAGAUCCUUGCAAGAAGAUCGAUUAUCUUACACGGGGCCUAAUUCACCUGUUAUCGAACAGGCUGCGCAAAUAAAGAAUCAGGAAGGAAAUGGUAUUCAAGAAACCGGUGAACAACCAUCAAUUCCAAAACCAACACCACAAUAUUACAAAGCAAAAGAACCUGAUCCAAACGAAGUGUCGCCACUCGUAAUGCCUACAGAUGGAAAUAAAUGGAAUAUUUUCACAUGGGGUCUCGUGUAUCCUAUUCAUUUCAUGUGUCGAGCCACUAUGCCAGAUUGUAGGCAAGAAAGGUUUCGAAGUUGGUAUCCUUUCACCUUUUGCGUGUCCAUGGUGUGGAUAAGUUUCUACAGCUACAUCAUGGUCUGGAUGAUCACUAUUAUAGGUAGUACACUUGGUAUUCCUGACACUGUGAUGGGUCUGACUUUCGUCGCAGCUGGAGUUAGCGUACCAGACGCUCUUUCUUCUUUAGCUGUGAUAAAAGAAGGUCUUGGUGACAUGGCUGUGAGCAAUGCCGUUGGUAGCAAUGUCUUCGAUAUUCUUGUAUGUUUGGGUUUACCAUGGUUCAUACAAACAGCGAUGAUACAGCCGGGUUCUCAUGUCAAUGUUACUAGCAGGGGCCUAACAUAUUCAACUGUCUCGCUACUCUCGACGGUAAUAUUUUUGGUAGUUGCGACACAUAUGAACGGAUGGAAGUUGGAUCGACGAUACGGUGUAGUACUGAUGGCAUGGUACUUAAUAUUCAUUAUCUUCGCAUCACUCUACGAACUCAACGUCUUCGGAGAGAUGAAUCCACCAGUAUGCCCAAGCUUCUUUUAAAUGGAAAACAGAAGAGAAAAAGAAGAACAAAUAUAGCUAUGAAGUGGAAGGAGACACACCAUUGAAACUUGCCCUGGAAUUGAUGCGCGAUAAUCCUUCGAAAUAGCCACUUGCGAUCGAUUAACUUUUUAGGCAAGGGCAAAGCUAAUCGAAGAGAAGAGCAAGAAAAAAAGAAUAUUAAAACAAAACAAAAAAAAGAAAAACUCAACGACAUCGAAAAGAAGAAAUAGAGAGGAACAAAAGAAUUAAUCAAUAAUGUCGUUUACAUCUACUUUUUUUUCAACUACUAAGCGUUCAAGAUAGUACGAAAGCAUGAAAGUAGUAGAAGACGAAGACACGCUGUAAUAUUACCGAGCCCCGCAUGAAAGAUAGAGAGUUUUUUUGGUGCUACAUACAUUAUACAUUAUAAAAAUAUCUCGAAAUAGUAUAUUGCUGACACUAGUCGUUUGUACAGCUCGUGACUCGUAUAGCUCCCUUCAGAAUCGGGAGAAUUUCUUCCAACGAUCGAUCGAUCGAUCGAGAACGAUCUUCUCGAAAUAAAUUUUGUAAUCGAGCGAUCAUCAUACAGCCGAUAGCUUCCAUUUGAAUAUUAAAUCUAAAUUCGACAACAUCGAAUAUAUUGGCCUAAAGCCAAUAAUCACUCGAAUUUUCCUCGUCGCUUUUUUGGCGUCGGGUUGAACCGAGAAGACAAUACAAUUAUCAGUAUUAAGACGCACUUGUUAUUUAACAAGCAUAGAAAAAUAACGGCAGAUGGUCGGACGACGAAUCGAUCGUAUAAUUUGCAUCGUUUUUUUCUAACGAGCACAUCGACAAUGCCAUAAAGGAUCUAUAUCGGCACUUGAAAAAAAAGAAAUCCUUCUCGAAACGAUUGAUUGAUUCGUGUACGUAC